AUGAAGGGUCUUUUCGCCAUUGUCGUUUUCGGUUGUGUCGCCUAUGCUGCCAGCAGCUUUCUAACUGGUCACGUUGGUGAUGGGUAUGGAAACGCCGGGGCUGCCUAUGGCCACAAUAACCACGGACAGAACAAGUACGGCCAGGACAGUGGACGUCGUCUUUUCGGAGCUCAUAAUGCACAUGGAAACGGAUACCACACCGACGGCGGCCACUACGCCGACAGACAAGGGCAGUAUUCAUCUGUAGCGCAUGGAGCUCACUCCAAGGACGGCGCCGCCGCUAACCACCACGGCCACCACGCUGCAGCUGCCAACAACUACGGCAGCAACGCCGCCGCACACAACAAUUACGCUGGUUACCACAACGGUGCCCAAGCCGCUUACGGCCGCAAAGAUGCCGCUGCCAAAUCUGCUGCCAAGUCACACUACAACAACGGUAACUACUACAGGAAGGGUGCAGUCUACAACGACAACGUCAACUAUGGUUUCAACAAGAAAUACAACAACCAUGCCAACGACGACGGCGAUUACCUCAUCAACGAGCACAAUGAUCACCACAGCUUGGACGACUACAGAGAUCACCACGACGCAGCUAACGCUAAAUACGGCGACCACGCUCACCACAGACACAACAGCAACAAGGCCUAUGCCCACAAGGGAAGCAAAUACGGAAAUGCUGCUGCCCAGAAUCACUACAACGACGGUAAAUAUGGCACCAACGCUGCUCACCGUGCCCAUGCUGGAGCAGGAAGCCACGCUUACGAUGCCAAGUACGGACACAACGCUGGAAGCAGCAAGUACCACGAUCAGGCUCACGCUGCCCAGGCCAACAAAUACGACGAUUUCGCCGCCCAUGAUGCUGCUCUCAGCCACAAGUCAACCGCCCACGGCGCCGCCCACAAUGCUGGCUACAGACCCUAUGGAAAGGGAUACGGAUAUGGAGGAAAGGGAGCUGCUUAUGGAUACGGAAAGUCUGGAUCUCAGUACGCAACUGGUGCCCAACAUGAUGCACACAGAGCUGGACGCUACGGACUUAAGAGCAAUUCUCAUCUUAACGACAAACUCAGCGCUGCUUUCCACGAGGGUAAAUACAACAACGGCCACGAUGACAAGUACUACAAAGCCAAUGCCGGUGCUGCCCACAACAACGCUUUCCAUCAUGGAGCCGCAGCAGCUGCUGCUAAUCACCAUGGAUAUGGACGUAAAGCCGCCGACGCAGCUUCAGCAUAUGCUGACGCCGCCGGUAACCACGAUCUGUAUAAAGACGGACACAAUUCCAACAACCUGAAACGCGUUUAUCACGAUAAGGCCAGCAACCACAAAGUCUACAAGAAGUUCCACCACUCCAGCAACGCCGGAGGCAGCAAUUACGAAAAUCUCCACUACAACAAGAACAAGUACAAUGAUCAUUUCGGAAGCAACGCUCACCAUCAGAAUGGAGCUGCCAAGAAGUCUCAUAAUAACUACUACCAGAACAAGCACAACGCUCAGGCCCACCGCAGCGACAAAUCUGCUCAGAAUCACGCCCAGCAGGCUUACAAGCACAACAACCACCAACAGGCUCAGGCCGGAUCUGCCGCCAAACAGAACUACUACCACAACAAUAACAACGCUGCCGCCAAGCAUUACAACCACAACGGCGCCAAUGCCAAAUAUCACGCCUCUGGAUACAAGAAUGCCGCCGCAAACCACGGACUCAACGAUUAUGCUGAUCACCAUUACGGCAAAGACGCCCACGCCUUCAAUGGAGCUGCAGCCCAGGGAAUCCACCACGCUAGCGCUCACAGACAGGCUGGACACGGACUUGGCCUAGGUCUUGGAGUUGGACAUGGUUUUGGACUCAAUGGUCUCGGACACGGAAUCGCCGGACAUGGUGUUGGAUUUGCUGGUGUCGGACACGGUGUUGGAUUUGCUGGUGUUGGACACGGAAUCGCCAGACACGGUCUUGGAUUUGCUGGUCAUGGAGUCGUUGGGGCUCGUCACGGUCUUGGAUUCGGCGGUGUCGGACACGGGGUUGGACUCGUCGGGGCUGGACAUGGUCUUGGAUACGGCCGUGUUGGAAUUAUUGGUGCUGGACAUGGUGUUGGGUAUGCUGGGCUUCGUCGCGGAGCCGUAGGUAUCGGACACGGUGUCGGAUUAGCUGGCCAUGGCCUUGGACUGGUUGGUGCUGGUCACGGUCUUGGAUACGGCGGUGUUGGUCAUGGCGUUGGACUGGUUGGAGCAGGACGUGGUCUUGGAUAUGCUGGAGUUGGACAUAGUGUUGCAGGACACGGUCUUGGAUACGGUCGUCUUGGACACGGACUUGGACACGGAGUUGGACUUGUUGGAGCCAGACACGGUCUUGGAUUUGCUGGACUUGGUCAUGGAGUCGUUGGUGCUGGACGUGGUCUUGGAUUCGGCGGGGUCGGACAUGGUGUUGGACUCGUAGGUGCUGGGCAUGGUCUUGGAUACGCUGGACUUAACCACGGAGUUUCCUACCCACGUGGAUAUGGAUACAGAGGAUACGCUGGGGCAAGACGUGGAUUCGGUCUGCAUGGAAUCCAUGGCGCCAAUUUGUAUUGA